AUGUCUGAGAGGAGGCUGCAUUCUGAGGAUGAUGAGCGUCUGUCUUUGUUCAGUAAGCUGGGAUCAGACAGUCCGAGAGCACGGGUAAAGUUGGGUGGUAUGUUCUGCAAUGUGGAAGGUGCUUUUGAGAAUAAAACUCUCAAUUUUGAGGCGUUCAGCCCAGGACCUUCCAGAAGACGAGCUGGAGAUAGAAGUUCCACACAGACUUCCAGCAUCACUCACGCAUCUUCCAGAUCCAAGCCAAACGAGUCUACAAAUUUACAAGAGCAAAUCAUGUCAUCCACAGUAAAGAACCAGCGAGUGCAUGAUGAAAUACAGAAGAGUGAUAAGAUCAUCAUCAAAGGUGGGAAAAUUGUCAAUGAUGACCAGUCCUUCUAUGCUGACAUCUAUAUAGAGGAUGGGACUAUCAAGCAGAUUGGGGAGAACCUCAUUGUACCCACUGGAGUGAAGUCUGUGGAUGGCUAUGGACAUAUCAUCAUUCCAGGUGGUAUUGAUGUGAAUACCACUUUUCUUGCUCCCUACCUGGGCAUGACACCAGCUGAUGACUUUUAUCAUGGCACACGUGCUGCUCUGGCAGGUGGAACCACCAUGAUCAUUGACCAUGUUGUACCUGAGCCCGGCGCGAGUUUGCUGGUUGCUUAUGACCAGUGGAGGGAAACGGCAGAUAAACAGUCAUGCUGUGACUACUCACUGCACAUGGAUAUCACCCGCUGGCAUGACGGCAUGUCUGAGGAACUUGAGACACUAAUCAAAGAUAAAGGGAUAAACUCAUUUCUGGUUUACAUGGCAUACAAGGACAGAUUCCAAAGCACAGAUUCACAAAUGUAUGAAAUAUUUUCUGUUCUGAGAGAAUUGGGGGCUCUUGCUCAGGUCCAUGCAGAAAAUGGAGACAUUAUUGAAGAGGAACAGAAGAGGCUUUUGGACCAGGAGAUUACUGGUCCUGAGGGACAUGUGCUCAGUCAUCCAGAAGAGGUGGAGACGGAGGCUGUGUAUCGAGCCAUCACCAUCGCAAAGCAAGCUAACUGUCCUCUCUACAUCACCAAAGUGAUGAGUAAAUCUGCUGCUGAAGUCAUUGCCAAGGCCAGGAAGAAGGGCAUGGUUGUUUAUGGAGAACCAGUCACAGCAAGUCUUGGAACAGAUGGAUCACAUUAUUGGAGUAAAAACUGGGCCAAGGCUGCUGCUUUUGUCAUGUCUCCACCUCUCAGUCCAGAUGUGGCAACCCCAGACUACCUCAAUUCUAUGCUGUCCUGCGGGGAUCUUCAGGUGACUGCCAGCGCUCACUGCACAUUCUCCACGGCUCAGAAAGCUGUAGGAAAAGACAACUUCACACUAAUACCUGAGGGGACCAACGGCAUCGAAGAACGCAUGAGCAUUGUCUGGGACAAAGCUGUAGCUACAGGUAAAAUGGAUGAGAAUGAGUUUGUGGCAGUGACCAGCACAAAUGCAGCCAAAAUUUUCAACCUUUACCCACGUAAGGGUAGGAUCUCAGUGGGUUCUGAUGCUGACCUUGUCGUCUGGAACACCAAGGAGACCAAAACUUUCUCAGCCAAGACUCACAAUCUGAAUAUAGAGAUGAAUAUCUUCGAGGGCAUGGAGUGCAGGGGUUUCCCCAUGGUGGUCAUUAGCCAGGGCAGGAUUGUUCUGGAGGAUGAAAAGCUGGACGUGACAGAAGGUUCUGGUCGUUUUGUUCCCAGGAAAGCCUUUCCAGAUUUUGUCUACAAGAGGAUUAAAGCACGGAGCAGGAUGGCAGAGGCUCGUGGUGUUCCUCGAGGUAACUACGAUGGACCUGUCCAUGACGUUAUAAGCAUGUCAAAGUCUGUACCACCAACUCCCACAAACAGAGGUCCUUCCUGUCCAGGGAAAAGCAUUGUUGGGCCAGGAAGAAACCUGCAUCAAUCAGGAUUUAGUCUUUCUGGGACACAGAUGGAUGACCACAUCCCUCGCCGUACCACACAGAGGAUCGUAGCGCCCCCUGGAGGCAAAUCCAACAUUACAUCACUUUCCUGAGGUGCGUCCGAGGUUCCUCACUGAGAGAACCAGUAAGGGGAAUUAGCAACUAGGCUGAUCUCGUUUUGCUUCAGAUUUAACAAUAAUAAUAAUAA